AUGUUAUUCUCAUUCCUUAUAUCACUAUCAGAAUUAAUAAAGACACCUAUAAGAUCAUUCCUGUCCAGUGAAACCAGUGAAAUAGAGAGUUACACCUUCCUUUAUAGCUAUAAUAAGGCUUGGAGUAUGGGGACAAGUACAAAGGACAGGCGCAGCAUCCAGGGAGACAACGCGAGAUGUCUGUGGCUGAACUGUGUCUGUGGAGGCGAAGUGAGAGAACAGGAUCCGGUGUGGGACAUCAGACACGUCCUUCCCGAUCUGAACCUUGAGAACAACACGUUCACUGACGUCACUUUCAACGUAGGUGACGUGGCCUACCUUCCCUGCCGUUUUCCUCAGCUGUCUACCUUACAUCAGGUAUCAUGGAUUCGUCGCUGGGACUGGCACAUCCUCACUACGGGAAUCUACACCUACACCAAGGACAUGCGAUUUCGUGUCCUACACCCAGAAGGUUCGGAUGACUGGACACUUCAACUCAAGUACGUCGAGACCAAAGACAACGGCACUUACGAGUGUCAGAUGUACACAGGCACGGGCGUACUCUCUCAGUUCGUCAACCUGCACGUGAAUAAACCACGUGCCCUCAUACUAGGGCCUCAAGAGCUCCACGUGCAGGAGGGCGACACAAUCACACUCGUUUGCGUUAUUCAACAGGGCCAGCCCCCCUUCGUGUUCUGGUAUCAGGAGGAGACGAUGGUGAACUACGACGACUCGCGGAACCGACUCAGCGUCAUCACGAAAGUCGAAGGCUCGAGGACGCAUUCCAGGCUCACCAUCACCGACGCCAGACAAACGGAUUCAGGCAACUACUCCUGCGUCGCCCCGAAUGUGGAUCCUUCCUUCGUCCUUGUCUUCGUGAGCGAGGCAGGGGACACUGUAGCAGCGGUUCAAAGACGAGGCCACACUUCCACAGCGCCAGCAGGCCAUCUUCCUUCCCUCGACCUCGUCCUGUCCAGCGCCAUCUUGGUUUUCGUCAAAAUCUUCGCGCAAAAUCUCCCCGUGAGAUGAUGGUCAUGUCACCAGAAGAGAUCGUGACGUUAAGAUGCUGCUGAGAUGUUGAUGGAGAUGCAAUGCUGCUGUAUCUCUUUUCUUGUAUUUAUUUAUUUAUUUAUUUACUUUUAGUUUCGUAUUUUGGGAUUUGAAUUUGAAAAGGGUUUGAUUUAUGUUCGUUUUCGAAAGGGAGAUGGAGGUGGUUGGUGAGUUCACGUGACGUCAUCGUGGUAUUUGUGACGUAAUCGUGAUGUCAGCGUAGUGUUUGUGACGUAACAGGGACGUCAUUACGGCAGUGUCCUCUGAUUGGUCAAGACGUUGACCAAUCAGAGUUAUAAGAACUCUUUUUUGAGGAAAUUUCGAAGACAAUGUGAUUCACUGUGAAAAAGUGAGAGGCAGUGAACGAAAAAGAGAAGAUAGACUCAAAAGUGAGAAUGAAAGAGGAAAAGAAAAAAAGAAAGAAAGAAAAUAAAAACAUUAAGCUAACGGUGAUACGUCCAGUGAAAGAAGUUAAGCAGAUAUACAAGGAUAACGUAGAAGAGUUUUCCGCAAACAAGUGGUAAAAUAACGAACAGAAAACUGAAUAAAAAAAAAUAUAUAUAUAUAUCUAUGUAUAUCUGUGUUCAACAUAAGUCUUUGUUUUUUUUCCUAUGGUUAGAAACGUCGACAUUCUCACAUAUAUAAAUACAAUA